AUGAUGCUGUUCUUCCUGCUGCUGUUGCUGCUGCUGCUGCUGCUUCUUCCAGAGUCCUCCUGUGGGAUGGAGAAGGCCAGAUGCCCCUGGAUCUGGCACAGGGAUGAGGUUCAGCACCUGAAUCAUUACAGGCCAGGAGACUAUGACAUUGCUGCAGCCAUCUCUGCAAUGAAUGCUGAUUUUGUUCCACAUACUUUCAAGAAGCCUGCCUCUGAUGGACCAUUGGAUAUACGAGCCACACUUUACUGGAAGAUCCUCUCCUUCUUGUUUGCCAUUCAAGAGAUCAAUGAGAAUCCCAGUCUCUUGCCCAACAUCACCCUGGGCUAUGACAUCUAUGAAAGCUACGAAAAUGCUAGACUGACUUCUGAUGCAGCCAUAGAUCUGCUUUCAACUCGUCAGGCCCAUGUUCCCAACUACAAGUGUGGCAGACGACAGCAACUGGUGGUUGUCCUUGUUGAAUCAGACUCUGAAAACUCCAAGCAUAUUUCAUAUCUGUUGGGCAUCUACAAAAUUGGACAGCGCCACCCUUUCCUGAGAAACCCCCAGUUUCACAAUCAUUCCAUGGAUGGAGUGUAUUUUGAUGAGAAGGGGAACCUGGCAGCUGACUUGUACAUUGUCAACUGGGUGAAGUUUCCUAACAGUCGAGUAAAACUGCGGUACUGGCAUAGCCUGUCCUUCCUGUUUGCCAUUCAGGAGGUCAACCAGAAUCCAGAGCUCCUGCCCAACAUCACACUUGGCUACAACAUCUAUGAGAGUCAUUAUUAUGGAAGGACCAUGUCCUAUGCCAUGCUGCAGCUGCUUACAGGUGGGGAAAGCCGCCUGCCCAAUUACAAAUGUGAGAGGAAGAAUGAGCCCCUGGCUGUCCUUGAAGGGGUUGAAUCUGAGCUCUCCAUCCUUAUUUCAGCCAUGUCGAGCAUCUACAAGACCCCACAGACGGUGCCUCCUUCCCGAUGUGUCGAGAGCUGUCGCCCUGGAUAUGCCAAGGAGAUCCAGGAAGGAGAACCACCGUGCUGCUACACAUGCACUCCAUGCGCUGAAGGGACCAUCUCCACACAGCAUGAUGCAGACCAUUGCACCAAGUGUCCAGAAGAUCAGCACCCAAACAAGGCCCAAGAUCAAUGUGUCCCCAAGAUUAUAACCUUCUUGUCCUAUAGAGAACCACUGGGGAUCAUCCUGGCUUCCCUUGCACUGUUUUUGUCUUCAGUCACAGCCUGUGUGUUAGGAAUUUUUGUGAAAUACCAAGAAACGCCAAUUAUUAAGGCCAACAAUAGGGACCUCUCCUACAUUCUCCUCCACUCUCUCCUGCUCUCCUUUUGGUCUGCUCUCCUCUUCAUUGGCCGCCCAAAGAAAGUGACCUGCCUUCUCCGACAGACAGCCUUCAGCAUCAUCUUCUCGGUUGCUGUCUCUUCUGUCCUUGCUAAAACCAUCACUGUGGUGCUGGCCUUCCUGGCCACAAAGCCAGGCAACAGGGUGAGGAGAUGGCUGGGGAAGAGCUUGGCCAAUGCCAUUGUCCUUUCCUGUUCCAGCCUGCAAAUACUCAUCAUGAUCAUCUGGCUGGGUACUGCUCCCCCCUUCCCAGACUCUGAUAUGCACUCCCAAGCUGGACAGAUCAUCCUGCAGUGCAAUGAAGGGUCUCUCAUGAUGUUCUACGCUGCACUUGGCUACAUGGGCUUCCUGGCUGCUGUCUGUUUCUUGGUGGCUUUCCUGGCCAGAAAGCUCCCUGGGGCCUUCAAUGAGGCCAAGCUGAUCACCUUCAGCAUGCUGGUCUUCUGCAGUGUCUGGGUAUCCUUUGUGCCCUCCUACCUGAGCACUAAGGGGAAGUACAUGGUGGCUGUGCAGGUCUUCUCCAUCUUGGCCUCCAGUGCCGGGCUUCUGGGCUGCAUCUUCCUUCCCAAGUGUUACAUUGUCAUGUCUAGGCCUGAUCUGAAUACAAAAGAACAUCUUGUGAUGAAAACCAGAGAUGGCAUCUUGACAUAG